AUGGUGCCGGUGGGCGACAAGAGCAGCACUGGGUCAUCGUCGGCGGCGUACAACGCGGCCGGCGCCGACAACCCCAAGGAGCGGCUGAAGGAGUGCUGCCGGAAGCUGGUGGCGUUCAUGUGCACGCAGGUGGGCGUCGGCGGCCUGGUGGUCGGCUACGCGGUGGUGGGCGCGUUCUGCUUCAUACAGAUCGAGGGCCAGGCGGGCGACGCGCAGCACCACGCCGUCCAGCAGCUCCGGCACAACUGUUCGGUGAACGUGUGGAACGCCACCAACACGUACAACGUGCUGUACCGGGAUAACUGGACGCGGCAGGUGACGGACGCGCUCACGCACUUCCAGGUCAACCUGGCGCUCAUCGUCAAGAAGGGCUACGACGGCCGGACCACCGAGGAGACGUGGUCGUUCUCCGCCGCGCUCAUGUUCUCCCUGUCCAUAUUCACCAUGAACGGUUACGGCAACGUAGUGCCCAAGACCAUGCUGGGCAAGGCCGCCACCGUCGUGUACGCCGUGUUCGGCAUACCCCUGUACGUGCUCUACUUCCGAAACAUGGGAAAGGUGUUGGCCCAGAGCUUCCGGUGGUUAUACACGUGGGUGUACCAGUGCAGCAUGGAGGACAAGGCCGGCGGCGGUGACCUGUACAACCAGCAGCUGCCCCAGAAGUCGAGGGUGAUCGUGCCGUCCACGGCUUGCCUGUGGGUGCUGGCGGCGUACGUGGCCACCGGCACGGUGACGUUCGUCACGCUCGAAGACUGGUCGUACCUGGACAGCACGUUUUUCUGCGUCACCAGCCUGUGCAAGAUCGGCAUCGAGAACUUCGUGCCGGUGGGCAGCAUCACGGACGCAGUGGCCGACCACCCGAUGAAGCUGGUCAUCAAGUUCGUUUACCUGCUGCUGGGCAUGGGAAUCAUAGCCAUGUGCUUCGAUCUGAUGCGCGAGGACGUCCAGGUCAGGGUGAGGAACCUGAAAAUGGACAUAGGCCUGUGCUUCGAAGACAUACGCCUGCGGGCCGUGGCCGUGUACAGACGCCGAAACUCAUUCGAUUGA